CGGGGUGUGAGCAUGCGCAACAGGGGGCUCCUGGCUGCUGCCCGGGAACGAGGCACUGUUGUCAUUGCAGUGACGUGGGGCGCGCGGGGCCUGGCACACGUGGGGUCGCCGAGGACGGGGGUGUCCCGCGUGACCGUGCCGGGGACGUAGGCUCACGUGUGCGAAGAAGCCCGCUCUGCCCCGGGAACUUGCCCCAGCUUCACAGUUGGCCCACCUGACACCCUCAGAAUAGCAAACAAAGUCGGAUCCCCUGACACCGUCAGGUGUCCCGCAGGCAACGGAUCCCGUUGCCUCCAUCAUUUUAUUCUUUCUUCAAUUUUGACUUUUUUUUCUCUGCCAGGUGAACUAGGCGCGUCACGAACAGACAUGUUCAGUCCCUAUCAUGUAUUUCGUAACCCCAGAACAAAGAAGCCCUACCUAUGCUGAAAUUUAAAACAAAAAAGGAAGCAUUUUAAAAAUAAUUUAAAACAUCUUUUCCAGCUGAACUGAAUGCAUCUUAAAGCAGUCCUUGCUUGAAUAUGGCUUGUUUCUCUCCAUGCUGCCUACCAGCGUUCAGAAAUGGGUUUAGUCAGGGUUCCUUGUGUGUGUUGCACCCCUGCAUGAAUGGGCCUCAACGUUUUAGCAGUUUCCAGUCAGCUUCCUACUUACUCUUCUUGCUGAUUAGGAGGGUGAAAGUCUCGUUAUGCCAGUGCCUGUAUCAGCAGUUCUCGACCUUUUUUUGGACUCAAGGUACCUCUUAGUUGAGUCGAGGCUCCUCUGUAACGUUUGUGAACUGAGUGGCACCCAAUUUGAGGAACUAAUUUAGAUGUUACAGUGCUUCCCUCCUUGCAGAGGGGUGGGGCAGGGAGGAUGGGGUCAGCCAGGAAGGACAGUCAGGUGCAGGCCUGGCCAGGUUGGCCUGCACUUAGCUGCUUAUUUCUUCAUACCCGUAGGCACUCUUUGAAGGAAUUGGCAGCACCCAAGGGUGUUGCAGCACCCUGGCUGAGAAUUACCGGUCUAUAUAAACCAGUGGUUCUCAACCUUUUUAGCUUUGAGGCACCUUUGCACAGACUUGAAGCACCCCUGGAUAACUCCAAGGCACUUCUGGAUAAACUUGAAGAACCCCUGGAUAGCCCUGAGGCACAUCUGGAUAGACAUGAUGAACCCCUUGAUAGCCCAGGGGCACCUCUGGAUUGACUUGAAGCACCCUUGGAUAGGCCAGAGGCACAUCUGGAUAGACUUGAUGAACACCUGGAUAGCCCUGAGGCACCUUUGGAUAGACUUGAAGCACCCCUGCAUAGCCCCGAGCCACUUCUGGAUAGACUUGGAGCACCCCAGGAUAGCCUAGAGGCACCUCUGGAUGGCUUGGAGGCAAGGCACGUGUGCACAGACUUGGAGCAUCCCUGCAUAGCCUGGAGGCACCCCUCCGGAAACGCCAGCUCGUCGUUCUCCCUUUUUCUCACCGACGGGAAAGCAACCGAGCAGUUUUGUGUAGCGAAGAGCUCCAAGCACAACCGGGGGCUGCUCGCUGCCACCUCUGGCCUGGCUGCGCGUGAACCCGGCCCGGCCCGGCCCGGCAGUGCUGCCCACGCGGCCCCGGAAGGCUGUGGGCGCAGCCCGGGGCUCCAGGGCGGCCCGGCUGCGAAUCGGACCGGGCAGGAGCCCCGCAGGCGAGGCGAGGCGAGGCGAGGCGGGCAGGGCAGGGCAGGAGGAGGGAGGGGCUGCCGGCGGCGGCGAUGGCGGCGGCGGCGCUGGGCCGGGCGGUGCGGCGGGCGCCGUGGCUCAGCAACGUGCUGCUGUACGGCAGCCUCUUCGCGGCUGGCGACGCGGUGCAGCAGCGGCUGCGGCGGCGCCGGGGCCACGAGCCGGACUGGGCGCAGACGCGGCGCGUGGCGCUGGUGGCGCUCGCCUUCCACGGCAACUUCAGCUACGUGUGGCUGCGCGGGCUGGAGCGGGCCCUGCCGGGCCGGGCGCCGCGCGCCGUGCUGGCCAAGGUGCUGUGCGACCAGCUGCUGGGCGCGCCCGUGGCCGUGCUGGCCUUCUACACGGGUAUGAGUAUACUUCAGGGGAAAGAGGACAUUUUCUCAGACUGUAAAAAGAAAUUCUGGAAUACUUAUAAGACUGGGCUGAUGUACUGGCCUUUUGUACAGCUGUCAAACUUCAUCUUGGUCCCUGUUUACCUGAGGACAGCUUACACUGGACUCUGUGGCUUUCUCUGGGCUACCUUCAUUUGCUUUUCACAACAGAGUGGGGAUGGCACGGCAAAAUCAGUUUUUCAGUUGUUCCAAAGAGAGAAGGUCAAAACAGAUGAUGAACCAUCAGAGAAAUGAAAAUGAUGUUUAAUGAAGUAUUCCUAUUAAGUGGUUAAACAGUACUUAUAAAAGCCAGUGAAUUGUCCUGCCAGCUGAUUGCUCUUGCAAAUGAAUAUUUCUCCUAGUGUUCAGUGGUGAAUGUAUGAGUGGAGCAAUUUGUUUUUGUGCCUGUUUAGUUUUGCACAAAAGAGGCCAGUUGCGUAUUCGUGUUUAAUUAUUUUCAUGCUGCCAGCCCAUUUCCUCUGGGACUAUAGCCUGUAACAGGGCUGUGCAAGCAUUUGCACAUCAUGUCUGCCAGCAUCACUGGGGAGAAAUAUUAACUGUAAUUUAAUUUUCAAGCAACUUAUAAUUGCUAGAAAAGCAAGAAUAGAACAUUAAAUCGUCAGUGUUUGUACGUGCCAAUUAUUAUCAGGGCAGGAUUCCUUUUGCAGAACAACAUUUAAUGAAGUUUUCUCUGAAUUCCAAAAAAGUGGCAUUAAAUUUGUAUUAAUUCUGAGAUAACAGAAACUAUUUCAUAGGGGCCAUUUUCUUAUAUUUUUUUGACUCUUGUCUUAGUCUGCAUGAGAAUCUUUACAGAUAAUAACCUUUCAGAAUUUACCAGCUAAGCUCAAAAUUUGUUUGCUCAACCUUUCCUAUAACUGACAAUAAGGGGAAAAUUUAAGGUUACCGUGCUAUAAUUGGAUUUCUUUGAGAAGGGUUUUAUACUAAGGACAUACAUCAGCAAUAUGUCGCUCAUAUGGCAGAACCUGACUAACUAAUAGAAAGCCCAUAUGCACUUCUUGCCCAUCAGCUACUCAUUUCUGAAUGCUAUGGAAAGGGUAUAAAGGGGGGAGUGCAGUCAUCUCAGUUCCUUCCUCUUGCUUCCUUAGGGUGAAGACUGAAUUACGAUUUUGAGGGAGAGGGGAAGGUGUGCAAGGAAUGGAGUGUGCAGAGCCUGUCUCAAAGAACUCCAUUUCUGUCCAAGUAACCUUCAUAUCUCCUUCACAUGGCCUUUGUAUAUUCUUACUCAUAAAAGAUUGGUAUGUAGUGACUCUGGAAAAAGGGUAGGACAAGGUGAAAAAUGAUUAUCACACUGAGCAUACCUCUGGAAGAAGGUAUGGUGAUUUCUGCUGUGUAAAUGGAAUGGGACUCAAAAUAGCAACUUUAUACAUCCCCAUGACUGGAAUAAAUAUGAGACUAGCUAACAAAGAUGCCUCUGCUCUAGUAGAAUAGGAUGUUUUGCUUUAUGGAAUGAGGAUGGCAGCUAAUUUGUAAGAUUAGGCCAGUUUAAAUAGUGAAAGCCCUCUUAGGGCACAUCCAGAUGAGUGCAGAUGUUCGUAUCCCUGGGGACAAGUAGCAGCAGCACAAUUUGUGCCGCUGCUACUUGUCCCUGGCGAACGCCUGUGCCACACAUGCUCUGUGUGUGGCAGGUUACUCUGAGUGGGGUAGGGGAGGCUGGGGCCAGCAGCUAUGCUGUCCCCAGCAGCCUUGCCUAUGUUCCUGGGGGCUGCCCAGGGCUGCAGCCAUGGCAGGAAGCCUGGCCAGCAGCUGGAGUGUCUCUCCAGCCAGCCAGGCUCCAGUUUUGGCCAGCACGCACUGCGGACAUGUGUGCCACUCUGCUUUUUUUCAACAUGGGCUUUUUUACCCUGGGAUCUCUAGGAGAUCCCACGGUCAAAAAAAGCCCCUCACGCUGCAAGGUAGCAGCACAGGAAACACCUGCAUGUGCGGUGUGUGAUGCUGCAGAUGGGCCUACGGUGCCACAUAUUGCACAUCUGCGCUUGUCUGGACACAGCUCUAAUGUACAAAGUAUUUCAUUUUGUUUCUGUUUUAUGAAAAUGAGAAUUGGAGAAUAACAGUAAGUUUCUGGCUUGAUUAAUGUAGAAUUCCCCAAGUAGAAUAGGGAAAAACUUAAGAGGCAAAUGUAAAACUAAUUUGUCCUUUUAGCCCAAAGUUCUUGUAAGUUAUUUACUCCCAUUCCUGUUGUCACUACUAGAAAAACUGUUUUUAUAAAGGACAUUCCCUUAAAAGUUUCAAACAGAUCCUUCAUUAACUGUAUGAGUUAAUGUCUGGCACUUCAGAAGGGGAAUAAAUGUUAUGAGAACCUGUAAGGAUCUCAUAGUGGUUGUCAUGAACAAACGGUAAUCGGUUGUCAGUACAAGACUGGACUGUAGAGCCAUUGCAUGAUGCAUUCCUACUCAGUUCCAUUGUUCAUGGGUCUGAGAGGGUCGUAUCUAAGGCUGUAUCCAAUGAAGACUUCCUUUUCUGAGAUUUCUGAUGCACAGUAUUAGGCUCGGAUCUUUUUUUAGCUAUCUUCUUACAAGUUAGAAGAGGAUGACAGAGCCAGUGAUGGCACCCUAUGAUAUUUACUCUUAGUUUUGUUUGCAUGUGCAUCUGGUGUGAAGCUGGCUUCUUGUCAGAAUUGGUUGUAGCAUCAGAUUUGUGGGGAUUAGCUGCAAGUAUGUCUAAAGGACUAAAAUCCAUUGUUUUAGCCUCUCCUUUCUUGCCUUUGGGAUAUAGGUCUUACAAGUGGACUUUUGUUCUUCUCCGAGACAUGCAAGUCACUGGGACAAGCAAUUAAAGUUUUACCCUUUGCUUUUUAUAUCCACCAUUGCUUCUUCUAGAUUUGUGCUGAUGUUACCAAGAUUACUACCAGCCAAAACAUGGUUUAUGUAACCAUAUGUACAUUGUAUUGCUAUCUAAAUCUAAGCAAUUAAUUACUGGUAGGCAGCACUAGGAGAAGGAUCCAGUCCUGGUGUCUGCAGUGGUUCCUAAUCUGUUAUUGAUGAUGUUUGGAAGGAAUUAAGGCAGCCAAAAUGCCACUUUCCUUUUUGCAGACUCCCCCAGAGAAUGCUGGGCAGUGAGUACAGGAAGGGCAGGAAAGGAACAUGGGCAUUCCAACAGAUGCUCUAUUCAGGCUCUCCCACUACAGCUGCCUGCAACUUCUGCAUCUCAUGACUGCAAAUAUGCAGCAGCCACUCAAAGGAGAGUGAAUAUCUGUUUAAAACAAAAAGAUACCCAAAUAGAAUGAGUGAAUGGAAUUUCACAAACCUGCCCAACUGUUGGAUUGUUAUUGCUGUGUGGGUAUUCAUUGUCCUCAAGCUAAUGAAGCAAUUCAAAGGUGACUUUAUUUAUUCUGCUUAAUAUAUUUAAAAUCAGAAUUAUGCUUUAGUGUUUCUAUUCCUUUGCAGUAAGUUUAUGGAUGAAGGUAUAUUAUAGAGAGAAUAUAAAUAUUCACAAGCAGAUAAGAAAUAAUGUGGCCAAAUGAAUGCUUUUAUUGUAGGUCGUGAUUUUAUUUUUAUUUCUGCUUGUGGCUUAACCUGUAUAGUGAUAAAUUCAGUUUACUUAGGAAAAAAAUGAAACUUUAACAUAGUGCCAGUGAAGUGAAAACAGGAGAUAACAUUAGGUCAGGAGAUGCUGACAAAACUUUCAAGAAAGAAUAUAUAUGCUCACUGGAAAAGCUGUAUAUAUAAGAGGUGUUAGAGUGAUCCUUGCCUCUUGCAUUCUUGGACCAUCAUGCCUACAACAUACUUUGGUGGAGAUAUCUUUUACUGGACCAACCCCGUGGCUGGGAGAAGAAAGCUGGUCUAAAAUCUCAUCCAAACAUAAGGUUGGUCCAAUAAAAGAUAUCACCUCCCCCCCCCCCCCCCCCCCCCCCCCCAAAUAUCUUUGAAUAAGAAAACAUUUGGAAAACUUUCCACUUGUGAUCUUUUUUAACUUUCACCAAUAAAUGCGGCAACAUUGGAUUGUUGCAUAAUAAAUAAUAUUCUGUUCAGAAUUAAAUUAUGAAUAUAAUAGAUUCAUAGUGGGAGAAAAUACCUUCAUUUAUUUCCCUUUCUCUGUAACUUGAUAUUGUCAGCAUGGACAAAUGAAAACGUUGUUAAGUAUGUAGUUCUUGGAGAAAAAAAGAGGGACAGAAAUAUGGCGAUGUUUACUGUAUACUAUUAACAUUAUUAACUUGUGAAUAAAGUGGGUCCUAUAUUUUACAGUUGGCUAGCAAACUUUGAGAUCCUUUUGGAGCAAGCAUGUUAGAUGAUGGUCACAAUAAUGAUAUCACUUGAUGCCUUCUCUAAUCAAAGUAAAGGGCUCAAAGCAUUGGUGCCACUCUUUUCUCUCCAACUCCCUGAGGCACAGUGUAAUUUUUGAGGCUAUUGAUUGUUAAUUAUUUUUUUACUAAAGAUGAUAAGUCUGAGUGUCAGGGAAUAUUUUGUGGUUAGUGGUGCAUGGGAGAUACAAGAGUGCAUGUUCUUUUUGACUCUUUUGGACUAAUAUAUUGUUGCCUACAAUAGCAAAAGACUGGACUCAGUAACCCAGUUGGUCCCUUUCAGUCCGAUGUGCCUGUGUUCCUAGAAGUAUUUAAUGAAUGUAAUACCUUUUUCUGUUUUAAAAUCUUUGGUUGCUUAUACAACCUGUGUGCAUUACAUUGUACAUUUUUCUGAUGUUACCUAUCUGCUCGUGAAUUUGGGCCAAACCCUGCAGUGCCAUUGACUUUUAAAAAGGAGUUUAUCUGUGAAUGGAUUUAUUUCUAUGUUUCUACAAUGUGAAGCAUAUGGGAAAGUUGUUUUUAGGCUCUUUUAUAGAAUCAUAGAAAAUUAGAGUUGGAAUGGACCUCAGGAGGUCAUCUAGUCCAUCCCCCUUCUCAAAGCAGGACCAUCCUUGAAUAUAUCAUCCACUUUUAUGAUAGUGGAGCAUGCAGUUCUUAUAUUUCAGUGAACUUUGUAAUCUAACUGAUCCUUUUACUCCCACUGUUUUUCUUGGGUAGUUGUUAAGAACCUGACCUUUGUUUCUGUUUUAAUGUUGGCAGCUAGCAUGAAUAUUUCAGGGAAAGAACACUGCAAAACAGUAGUUUAUCUUGGGUCAGAUUCUCAGCUGGUGUAAAUUGGAAUAGUUCCUUAAAGUCCUUAAACCUCUGUCACUUUACCCUGAGAAUCAGUCCCUGUACUUCUUGAAAGUACUCUGAUUUCUUAGCACUUUAUAGAUUAGGAGCUGCUAAUUUGACCUUUCUGACACACACACAUUUAUUUGCCUCUUGUACAAGUCCAGGCUAAUUUGUUGGUAAUUUAGAAAUAAUUAAAAAUAAUUUAAAAAAUACUGGAUUAUGGAGCAGUAUCUGGCCAGGGUUUGUUUGGCCAUAUACUUGGCCAGAUACUCUUGUUUGUUUGGCUGCUUAUUUCAUAAAUAGUUACAGAGUCAGGUUUUUGAGACUAGUUUGUACUAGUUUUAAUGUCUGCUGAAAACAGUGCACGAUUCAGCUCCCAGAAAGAUAUGGAUAGACAUUAGAAAACAAGUGGGUAGUCAGCAGAAAGGAGGAACUCUUUGCUAUGUGGAAUCAGAAAAAAUAUAUGCCUUAAACUUUGAUUAUUUUAGUUAUAAGAUGACAUAACCGCUUUGUGUAGAAUUGCUGGCUCGGUACAGUAGAACAGAUAAGGGCAAGUGUUUGUUCUUUGUAACUCUUCUGCAAAUGCUUCGCUCACCGCAGCCUUGAAGGUAAAAAAAAAAAAGUAUGUAUAAAGUAGAUUUCCAGGUGCAAGAAGGAGGUUUGUGAACUAACCCUAUCUCCCCCAUAAUUCCCAUCCUGAUAACAGCAAAGAAAUAAUGAAGUAAUAUUAUAGCCGCUUUUCAUGCUAAUUUCACUAUAUGAUCACGUGAGUUGUAAGCGACUGUUAAAAAGUAUAUAAGCCUCCUGAUUUUGCUCUUGGGGGGGGACCCCUUCCAAGUGCUUGGGAAAUCCAUGUCACUUUGGAACUCCCUCUACAGCUGUAGUUUCUUUUGAAUAAAAGCUUCUGCUGACCUGACCCAAAAGUACUCUGUGUGUGUUUCCACAACAGCUAAUAGUCAUUGGCUAGGUAUACAGGUAAGAACUUAAUUUCAUGGAGUUGUUUCUAAGAUCAGAUUGGAAGAGAAGAUAGGAAUGGAAAUCCAUUUUAUUCAGUGUAGCUUACACAGGGUCUGGAUUUAGCCAAAUGAGAAGUAAAAAAUAUGCGUUCCUAUUAUACUUGUUUUAAAAAAUGCACCUUCUUAGCUUAUUCUGGAAGCUAAAUUACAUUCUGCUAGGACUUCAAGUUAGCAUGCUGAGAAUUCCUCACCCUGGAAAGAAGCAGUUGGAGACAUUACACAGAACCUUAGGUUUCAUAGUAUGCUGCAGAAGAAGACAUGGGAGUGUGAAUUUUUACUGUGUGGAUAUUUACCUACUGUGGAUACUUCUUACAUGUACAGGAAGUAAUGCUAUUGGUGCCACAUAUGAAGCUUAUUGGCUUCUGCCUUCCCAUUCUUUGCUGCUAGUGCCAGUGCACUCUUUAUAGCAAUGGGACCAGGGUACUAAAGGUACUGGAUAAGAAACACUGAUUUCAGUUUUACUGGAAAAUUGUUAUGUUUUUGCAAAAAAUAAACAUUCAUUAUUGCUUUUUG